AUGUUCAACUCCUUCUUCACUUCACUGCACUUCAGCUUCAGCUCCCUCGGAGAAAAUAGAGCACACCUUCACCUCAUUGCCGCCGCCCCCGUCGAAAACGACACCACCAACCGGCUUCUCACUCGUGGCCUCAAGAGUGGAAAGGUCACGUACCAUGAUCCAGACCUAGGUGCUUGCGGCGAGAAAUAUGGAGAGGCCGACCUAGUUGCGGCCCUUGCAAAAGAGUUGAUAGCGAACGAGGAUAAGUGUGGACACAGACCUCGCGCUGGAUAUCGAGGGAGGACAAUCGAGGUCGAGGCUGUUGAUAAAUGCAUGAGCUGCGGACCUAACGACUUGGACCUGUCGCCUGCGGCUUUCCGGAAGGUCAUCGGUGACACUGGGAUUGGAAGACUUCAAGCGCAGUGGGAUUGGAUUUGA